GGACCGUCGCGCUAGCGGCCGGGCAGCGCCCCCCCUCCACUCCCCGCCCGUGGGCGGGCGGAGCUGGCGGCGCCGCGGGUCCCCCAUGGCGGCGGCGGCGGAGCGGACGGACGAGCUGGUGCGGGAGUAUCUGCUCUUCCGCGGCUUCACCGCCGCUCUUAAGCAGCUGGACGCGGAGAUCAAGGCGGACCGGGAGAAGGGCUUCCGGGUAGAUAAGAUAGUGGACCAGCUGCAGCAGUUUGUUCAGAGCUACGAUCUGACUGCCCUGCGGGAUUACUGGAGUUAUCUGGACCGGCGCCUUUUCAGCCGUUUGGAAGAUGUGUACCGACCAACAGUGAACAAGUUGAAAACCAGCUUAUUCCGAUACUACCUUGUCCAUACUGUUCAGAGCGGCCGCAAUGACAAGGCGCAGGAGUUUUUCCUCAAGCAGGCCUCUGAGCUCCAGAACCAGGUGGAGUGGAAGGAUUGGUUUGUCCUGCCCUUCCUCCCUGCCCCAGACUCCAACCCCACCUUCGCCACCUAUUUCUCGCGCCAGUGGGCAGAUACGUUUAUCGUGUCUCUGCACAACUUCCUGAGUGUCUUAUUUCAGUGCAUGCCAGUUCCAGUCAUUUUGAACUUCGAAGCUGAAUGCCUCAGGAGCAGUCUCAUACAAGAAGAAAAUGAAUCGUUGCGGCAUAAGGUCAGAACUGAAGUCACUCUUUAGUUGCUGACUGCAUGAGAUCCUGUUUGCUUUGCAGGCUGAGUCCUCCCGCAUGAAGAAAGAGGAACUGGAGGUGGAACAAGCGGUUGUGCAUCACAAGUUGCCCGCGUAUGUGGCCAAUAUGGAUCGACUUGGGGACUCUGAGCUUGAUAUGACCUGCAGCCAGAGGAGUACUGCACAUUCUCUUCAGUCCCGGGGAGGCUUUCUGUCCUCUUUUCUCUCCCAAAGUAAAAAGGGCCCUUCCAGACCAGCCCAUCCAAGUGGGGCUUCUCCAACGCAGACUGGCAGUAUGCUGCUAGGGAAGAAAGAACCAACAAAUCACCAGAGUGCCAAAGCAAAGGAAGGAACGGUGAGCUGUAAGGAUGGGAAGAGCCACUUCAGUGGGUUAGUAGCAGCUGAGUCAAGUUCCCUGCAGCAGCGGCAGAAGCGCUUGCAAGAGCACGGGAAGGAAAGGAAGGAACUGCUGUCGAAAGGGACCUUUCAGGGCCCAAGUGCUGAGAAGAAAACAGAUGUUAGCACUGCUGAGACAGAACCAUGCUCAGAGCUGAAUGCUGAGCAAGCAGAGACUUCAACCAAAAUGCCUGCUAGCGUUGCAGAGCCUGUGGGAGUCCGACAGGAGCAGCCUUUCAUUGUCCUGAGCCAGGAGGAGUAUGGGGAGCACCAUUCAUCCAUCAUGUACUGCAGGGUUGAUUGUUCUGGACGGCGAGUGGCCAGCUUGGAUGUCGAUGGGGUCAUCAAAGUCUGGUCUUUUAACCCCAUAAUGCAAACUAAAGCUUCAUCCAUUUCCAAAUCUCCAUUGCUGUCUCUGGAAUGGGCAACCAAGCGUGAUAGGCUGCUGUUGCUUGGCAGUGGGGUCGGGACGGUUCGUCUUUAUGACACAGAAGCGAAGAAGAAUCUCUGUGAAAUCAGCAUUGAUGAAGACAUGCCCAGGAUCCUCUCACUUGCCUGCAGCCCAAGUGGCGCCUCCUUUGUCUGUUCUGCUGCAGCCCAGAGCCCCAUUUCCCAUAUGGACUACUCAGCCAUCAGCUCUGGGGGCAAAAGCAUGAACCAAGUUCCUGGGAAGCUGCUACUGUGGGACACUAAAACGAUGAAGCAGCAGCUGCAGUUCUCCCUGGAGCCUGAGCCCAUUGCCAUUAACUGCACAGCCUUCAACCACAACGGCAACUUGCUGGUCACUGGUGCUGCAGAUGGAGUUGUUCGUCUCUUCGAUAUGCAGCAGCAUGAGUGCGCCAUGAGCUGGAAGGCACAUGAUGGGGAAGUCUACUCCGUUGAGUUCAGCUAUGAUGAGAACACAGUCUACAGCAUAGGCGAGGAUGGCAAGUUUAUUCAGUGGAAUAUUCACAAAAGUGGCUUGAAGGUGUCUGAAUACAAUCUUCCCAGUGAAGCUACAGGUCCUUUUGUUCUGUCUGGGUACAGUGGCUACAAGCAAGUCCAGUUUCCACGAGGAAGGCUUUUUGCUUUUGACUCUGAGGGCAACUAUAUGUUGACAUGUUCUUCUACUGGAGGAGUAAUUUUUAAGUUAAAUGGUGAGGACAAGGUUCUGGAGAGUUGCCUUUCCCUAGGAGGACACCGAGCUCCUGUUGUCACAGUGGACUGGAGCACAGCUAUGGACUGCGGGACCUGCCUCACUGCGUCUAUGGAUGGGAAGAUUAAAUUAACAACCUUACUGGCUCAGAAGUCUUAACCUGGACAGUGGUGAAGGGAAAGAGUAAGAGACUUGAUGAACAGUGUUAACUCCAUGGGAGCAAACUGCAUGGGAGAGAAUGCAAACCAUAGUCCCUCUUCACAAUGUAUAUUUGCCUCUUGACAAAAAUUAAAUAUAUUUGCCAAACUGUGCAAUAGAA